AUGUCUCCUCCCCCAUUCCCCGUGCCACUCGAGUCGUGGUACACGUAUAUCAAGAACGCACGGCGCACGUGUGUGCAACCAGUGCAGGCGAAAAGUGAAGUGAAGGGCGAAUCGGACGGCGGUAAAUACUCGAUGCUUUCACACAUCUCGAGUUCCAAACAUGCCACGAUAUGCCGGACACAGAGUCCGGCUGUGGUUAUCCAGUUCGCUCCCGAUAUGCAGCGGGCGAAGGACGGGAAGGACGGAGUGCUGCCGAUAGCACUUGGAGGGAUACCUACGGUAGGGAAGGUUAUGAUUGACGCCAUUGUACCUGGAGUAGAGUACCGAGAGUACCUUGGUACAUGGAGUUCCACCAGCUGGCUGACCGGCCACCGUGACCAGCCGGUUCCCAGGAGGAUCGGUCGGUUAAUUUCGAACUGGGCCACCACUGAGAGGCCACAUCACGAGGAGGACGAGGAGGAGAAGGACGAGGAGGAGGAGGGAGUGGCUUUACCGAAUCCGAGCGAACAUGUAGUUAGCAGACUCACACACGACACAUGGGCCACACAUAUCGACUUACUCAGCUACUUGCUCUUACCCAAGCACCCCUCCACGAAAUUCUUCAACCCGGCGCCCCCCAGCUCUGCCGUGGAGCGCCAGCCGUGGCCGUGGGCGAUGCUACGCUUUACAUAAUUGCGACG